AUGUCAAAUCUGCUCAACGGUCCCUGGUCAAAUGCCGAAAAAGUGGCUUUGUUGACGAGUAUUCUCGAGGGCGCUGGAGUGGACGUUCCUGCGAUUCUGCUACACAGCAUAAACAGCAAUGCUCUCAUGCCUAUGUGGAACGACAUUACUUUGCCACCAGGCCGCUCCCUAAAUGCUUGUCGCAAAGCAUUCGAAGACAUGCUGGGUGGCUCCGGACGUCACUCCUUCCCGUCUAUUGCUGUACCAACCUUUGCUCCUCAGCUAUUCGAUCCUCAUGCGAUGCAAGGAAGGUCAGCGUCGGGGCAAGAACCUCCACCACCAACACAUCGUAGCAUAAAACCCCGACCUCCACGUUCCACGGAUUCACCCAUGGCGUCUACCACUGCGACUGAGGGCUUUACCAUUCUCGGUCCGUACGCGCCUGACCAAGGGAUAGAAAGACGCAAGAAGCGUGGUCGUCCUACGAAGGAAGAGGUCGAAGAACGCGAAAGGAGACUUGCUUUGGUCGGUCAGACCUAUGAACCCAAAAGGCGCCCAGCGAAGAAGCCCAGGUCUUCUGAGACUCCUGCUGUGCCCGCAGACACACUCCCGGCAACAUCCCCAACUCUACAAACCCCGGAUGUGCAACGUACUGAACCAAACGAAGGGAGUUCUAGUGGCAAGCGAAGGCCGAGGCUCAGGGGAGAUGUCGACGAGCACCCUUCUUCCCGCCCUGCAUUCUCCAGGGCAUCACCAGAAGAGUCUGCGGGUGAGAGGAGCACAGAGGCCGCUCAAAGUCCAUCCGACAGACUUUUGCACAGGUCCACUGAGCGAGCUCAGGCCGUGGCUGCUUUAGCACGCGACAUAAAACAAGAGCAGAGCCCGAAUCUCGAACGACUAGCCGUGCAGUCACCAGGCGAUCAACAAUCUGGACCGGCUUCAGUGUGA